AUGUGUGUUAUCCUUGUUGGUGAUGAUGGUGGUGGUGGUGGUUAUGAUGACAAUGAUUGUGGUAGUGGAGAUGGUGGUUAUGAUAAGGAUUGUAGUGGAGAUGGUGGUGGUGGAGGUGGUGGUCAUGACGGUGAUUGUGGUGUUGGUGGUGGUUAUGACGACAAUGAUUGUGGUGAUAAUGGUGGUGGUGGUUAUGAUUGUGGUGGAGAUGGUGGUGGUAAUGAUGACAAUGAUUGUGGUGGUGAUGGUUAUGACGACAAUGAUUGUGGUGGUUAUGACGACAAUGAUUGUGGCAGUGGUGGUGGUUAA